GUGCACUUCAUGUCUGAUGACAAGCGGUUUGGGAUGCAGCCUGGUGGUCUUCCGUCUAUCUAAAACCCACAUGCCUUUAACAUAACCUUUACUUUACUAAUGAGGUUAUUAACCACCAAAAGUGGUGACGUUAGAUAUUCGAAUUAAUGUUAAACAAAGCGAUUAAACUAAGGAGAAGUGAUAAAGAUAACGUGAAUGUUAUACAUGUUUCUAUCCAGGUAUACAGCAGGCUAGCUUCCCAUGCACGCUAGUGAGUGUUAGUGCAUGUCAGUGUGUAAGUUAAGUGUUUAGCCAUGUCUGCUUCUAAAGCGCUGUUUCUGAGAGUGUUAAGGCACAAAGUUGCUUUAAAGCUCUGGAGGAGAAAUGUCACCACCUGGUCACCAGUUGGAGCUGCUUUCAACGUUAAAGCUGUGAGCAGGCUGGACCUGUUUCAACAAAAUGUGGGUUUGUUUGGAGUUCCUGAGCUGAGCUGCACAGAGGGAUUCAAGGUGAUCCAGGAGAAAGCUCUGCAGGAGACCGAGCGCCUGGUGGAGAAAGCCUGCAGCUCGCCGCCUGGCCAUGUGACUGUGGAGACAUUCGAUAAACUUUCAGACAGUUUAUGCAGAGUGGCUGAUCUGGCAGACUUUAUCAAAGUUGCCCAUCCUGAUCCGCUGUACCGAGAAGCAGCAGAAAAAACCUGCAUGCAGAUCGGUACCACAGUGGAGAAGCUUAACACAAAUGUUGAGUUGUGUAAGAGUUUAAAGAACCUGUUGGAUAAUGAAGAAGUGAUGGCCAAACUGGAUCCAGAAACAAGGAGAGUAGCCGAGCUGUUCAUGUUUGACUUUGAGAUAAGUGGAAUCCACCUGGACGAAAAACAGAGGAAAGAAGCAGUCAAGUUGAAUGUGCAGCUGUUGGAUCUCAAUAAUCAGUUUCUUACAGGCUGCCACAUGCCAAACCGAAUAGACAUGAGAGCUCUCCCUAAACACAUCCUCCAGCAAUUUACCAACGAAGGGAAAUAUGUACAGAUUGCAGGACUGCAUGCUGAUGCACCAGAUGAUCUGGUUCGGGAAGUUGCCUACAGGAUUUUCCUGUACCCUAAUGAAGAUAUGAUGCGCAUCCUUGAGGAACUGCUGUCUUCUAGGCAUAAACUGGCCAACCUGGUUGGCUAUGAAUCUUAUGCACAUAGGGCAUUAAAAGGGGCCAUGGCUAAAUGCCCAGACACUGUGAUGAACUUCCUGCAACUUUUGACAGAUAAACUCAAAGACAGGACUGAAAAAGACUUUCAAAUGAUGAGAGAGAUGAAGACCAGAUUCAAUCCUAGAAAUCCAGAGCUCAUGCCAUGGGAUCACCCCUAUCUGAGUGGUGUUGUACGUGCUGAGAGAUUUAAUAUUGAGCCAAGUUUAUAUAGCCCUUAUUUUUCGCUUGGAUCCUGCAUGGAAGGUCUAAACAGUCUUUUUACACAUCUCUUUGGUGUGUCACUUUUGGCUGAACAGCCUAGUGCAGGAGAAGUGUGGAGUGAGGAUGUACGCAAACUGGCAGUGGUACAUGAAUCUGAAGGAUUGCUGGGAUACAUUUACUGUGACUUCUUCUAUAGACCAGACAAGCCUCAUCAGGACUGCCAUUUCACUAUCCGUGGAGGGAGGCGGCUGGACGAUGGGCAGUACCAGUUGCCGGUAGUAGUGCUGAUGCUAAACCUCCCUCACCCUACUAAGAGCACGCCAACACUCCUUACACCAGCCAUGAUGGAGAACCUCUUCCAUGAAAUGGGUCACGCCAUGCACUCGAUGCUUGCACGCACACACUACCAGCAUGUGACCGGAACGAGGUGUACCACUGAUUUCGCUGAGGUGCCCUCUAUUCUAAUGGAGUUCUUUGCAACUGAUUAUCGUGUGAUCAACCAGUUUGCUCGCCACUAUCAGACAGGACAGCCUUUGCCCCAGAGUAUGGUGGCACGACUCUGCGAGUCCAAAAAAGUCUGUGGUGCUGCUGACACUCAACUUCAGGUUUUUUAUGCAGCCUUGGACCAAGUUUAUCAUGGCAAACCCCAAAAACGGUCAACAACCGAUAUCCUGAUAGACAUGCAACAAAAAUACUACGGCUUACCUUACGUUCCCAACACAGCAUGGCAGCUGAGAUUCAGUCACCUUGUUGGCUAUGGGGCGAAGUACUACUCUUACCUAAUGUCUCGGGCUGUAGCUUCCAUGGUCUGGAGGCAGUGUUUCCAUAAGGACCCUUUAAACAGGGAAACUGGAGAGCGCUACCGCAGAGAGAUGCUGGCUCACGGGGGAGGGAAGGAGCCCAUGCUGAUGGUGGAAGGCAUGUUGCAGAAAAGACCGUCCACCGAGGAUUUUGUUGAUGCCCUUGUCUCCGAACUGGACCCAGACUUUGAGACAUUCUUCAUGGACUCCGAGGGAUGAAUUAAUGCCUCUUUAAUAAAAAGAAAGGUCCUAGUACUCAUCAAAGGUUGUCUAGGAAAGAAGUGACAUGCCAGGGUCACAGUCCCACACUCACAUAUAACAAGAAUGCAGUCCAUUCAGAUGUGUAUUCCAAGAGACACUAAGCUCUUGGAAUACAGCUCUUCUCCGAGGGUGUUGAAUAUAAAGGUCACUACAAACGUUAGUUUUGUGAAGCAUAAGUGUGCAUGUGUGUUACGCUGAUAUCGGAUACACAACAUGCACAAUUUGACCUGAAAGAAUAUUGACACAUAACAAUCACACCUGUAUGUGCUUUUUGAACUUUCCAUUGUAGAUUUAGUCUCCCUUUGCUAUAAAUAAAAACCUCCACCCUUCCCUUAA